GUGAAGGACCGCCUGUCCCCGCUCCGCGUCGGCCGCUCUCAAUGGCUUUCUGGACCUAUUUUAUUUGAAUGCCCGGGGCCGUUUUUGAGUGACCGCGACCAUGGAUAUUCUAUGGAUAUUAUGGACCAUGCCGGUCGUAAUGGCUGUUGAAGAGACGCUCAUGGACUCCACCACAGCCACAGCCGAGCUCGGCUGGACCGUCUAUCCGGUGUCGGGAUCCAGCGACAACAGCUGGGAGGAGGUGAGCGGUUACGACGAAAACAUGAAUACCAUUCGGACCUACCAGGUGUGCAACGUUUUUGACAACAACCAGAACAACUGGGUGCGCACUAAGUACAUCCGGCGGCGCGGCGCGCAGAGGAUUCACGUGGAGAUGAAGUUCUCCGUUAGGGACUGCAGCAGCAUCCCCAAUGUUCCCGGCUCCUGCAAAGAGACGUUCAACCUCUACUAUUACGAGUCGGACGCUGACACGGCCACCAGGACCUCGCCGGCCUGGAUGGAGAACCCCUGGGUCAAGGUGGACACCAUAGCGGCCGACGAGAGCUUCUCCCAGGUGGACCUCGGCGGCAGGGUGAUGAAAAUCAACACCGAGGUCCGCAGCUUCGGCCCCGUGUCGAGAAACGGCUUCUACCUGGCCUUCCAGGACUACGGUGGCUGCAUGUCCCUCAUUGCCGUCCGUGUCUUCUACCGGAAGUGCGCUCGCAUCAUCACCAACGGGGCGCUGUUCCAGGAAACCCUCUCCGGGGCUGAGAGCACCUCGCUGGUGGCGGCCCGAGGGGUCUGCAUCCCCAACGCGGAGGAGGUGGACGUGCCGAUUAAGCUGUACUGCAACGGUGAUGGAGAAUGGAUGGUACCCAUUGGACGAUGCAUGUGCAAGGCUGGCAACGAGGCGGUGCAGAACGGGACGGUGUGUCGAGCGUGCCCGUCGGGAUUCUUCAAGCCGACCCAGGGCGACGAGUCGUGCAAGCAGUGUCCCAUUAACAGCCGCACCACCAGCGAAGGCGCCAUCAACUGCGUCUGCCGCAACGGCUACUACCGCACUGACUCAGAUCCCUUACAGAUGCCCUGCACCACGGUCCCCUCGGCCCCGCAAAACGUCAUCUCCAUUGUCAACGAGACCUCGGUCAUGCUGGAGUGGAUGAGCCCUCGGGAUUCGGGCAGCCGCGAAGACGUCGUCUUCAACAUCAUCUGCAAGAGCUGCGGCGGCGGCCGAGGCGGCUGCACGCGCUGCGGCGACAACGUUCAGUUCCUGCCCCGCCAGCUUGGUCUGACAGAGCCGCGGGUGUACAUCAACGACCUGCUGGCCCACACACAGUACACGUUCGAGGUGCAGGCGGUCAACGGCGUGUCAGACCAGAGUCCCUACUCGCCCCAGUACUCCUCAGUCAACAUCACCACCAACCAGGCUGCGCCGUCCACCGUGUCCAUCAUGCACCAAGUGAGCCGCAGCGUGGACAGCAUCACUCUGUCCUGGUCUCAGCCCGACCAGCCAAAUGGAGUCAUCCUGGACUAUGAGCUGCAGUACUACGAAAAGGACCAGUCGGAGUACAACGCCACCAUCGUCCGGAGCCAGACCAACACGGCGGUCAUCCGGGGCCUCAGACCGGGGAGCAUCUACGUCUUCCAGGUCCGAGCGCGCACCGUCGCCGGCUUUGGACGCUACAGCGGCAAACUCUACUUCCAGACCAUGACGGAAGCCGAAUACAACACGAGCAUUCGCGAGAAGCUGCCCCUCAUCAUCGGCUCGGCGGCCGCCGGCCUGGUCUUCCUCAUCGCCGUGGUUGUCAUCAUCAUCGUCUGCAAUCGAAGGCGUGGCUUCGACAGGGCCGAUUCCGAGUACACGGACAAGCUGCAGCACUACACCAGCGGCCACAUGACUCCAGGAAUGAAGAUCUAUAUUGAUCCGUUCACAUAUGAGGACCCCAACGAGGCCGUGAGGGAGUUCGCCAAGGAGAUUGAUAUAUCCUGCGUGAAGAUCGAGCAGGUCAUCGGUGCAGGAGAGUUCGGCGAGGUGUGCAGCGGAAACCUGAAGCUGCCCGGCAAGCGAGAGAUGUUCGUAGCCAUCAAAACGCUGAAGACGGGCUACACGGAGAAGCAGCGGCGGGACUUCCUCAGUGAGGCCAGCAUCAUGGGGCAGUUCGACCAUCCCAACGUCAUCCGCCUGGAGGGCGUGGUCACCAAGAGCAGUCCCGUCAUGAUCGUCACAGAGUUCAUGGAGAACGGAUCUCUGGACUCCUUCCUCAGGCAAAACGACGGCCAGUUCACCGUAAUCCAGCUAGUGGGAAUGCUGCGGGGCAUCGCCUCGGGCAUGAAGUACCUGGCUGACAUGAAUUAUGUGCACCGUGACCUGGCUGCCCGCAACAUCCUCGUCAACAGCAACUUGGUGUGCAAGGUGUCUGACUUUGGCCUCUCACGCUUCCUGGAAGAUGACACAUCAGACCCCACCUACACCAGUGCCCUGGGUGGGAAGAUCCCAAUCCGGUGGACAGCGCCCGAAGCCAUCCAGUACAGGAAGUUCACCUCAGCCAGCGAUGUGUGGAGCUACGGGAUCGUCAUGUGGGAAGUCAUGUCGUACGGGGAGAGGCCCUACUGGGACAUGACCAAUCAAGACGUCAUCAACGCUAUUGAGCAGGACUACCGGCUGCCGCCCCCCAUGGACUGUCCUAGCGCGCUGCACCAGCUCAUGCUGGAUUGCUGGCAGAAGGACCGCAACAACCGGCCUAAAUUCAGUCAAAUCGUCAACAAUCUGGACAAGAUGAUCCGCAAUCCCAACACCUUGAAGGCCAUGACCCCGUUAUCCUCAGGUGUGCAUCUGCCUCUGCUGGACCGCAGCAUCCCGGACUUCUCCAGCUUCAGCACGGUGGACGAGUGGCUGGACGCCAUCAAGAUGGGCCAAUACAAGGACAACUUUGCCAACUCUGACUUCACCACUUUCGACGUGGUUUCCCAGAUGACGAUGGAUGACAUCCUACGGGUGGGCGUGACGUUAGCGGGCCAUCAGAAGAAGAUACUCAACAGCGUCCAGAUGAUGCGGGCCCAGAUGAACCAGAUCCAGUCAGUGGAGGUCUGACGUUACACCGAGCAGAGUGACGGUCCGGGGAGGGCCAGCCGGGGGUCUCUGGGGGGCCCUCCCCCCACACCGCCCCCGGCGGGCGCCGAGGACGGAGUGGAUGCUUGUUGGUGUGACCCCACCUCUUCCUCGACACUUUCCCUUCCCUCACCCAACUCUCCGUUACUCCCACCUCACCAUCCAUCCAAAGUUCUGGAAUUCAGAACCACGGGACCCCCAAAACGAGUGACCAGCAACACUUACUUCUAUUCUUCUUCCACCGCUUUUCAUUGAUGCUUUUGGUUUGUUCUCAUAAUUUUGUAAAGAAUUUUGUAAGGAAAAAAAAAGUUGAAAAAAAGUUGAACAAGGAAAGGAGUUUAUCGACAUUUAAAGACAUUAUAAGGUUGUACACUAGAUGAGUAGGAGAGCUACCCUUUAAAAGGGCGAGAAACAAAAAAAAGAAACCAACGAUCCUGUCAAUCCCGGAAGACGGGCUGAGGACGUAGGAACCAUUAAAUGGACCUUUUGGCACAGACUGACUGCAGGAAAAUCUCAAGAAAGGAAAAAAAAAAAAAAAAAACAUCCUUAAUUUUUUCAGUAUGGUGUGAAAUGUUGUGUUGAAGAUUCCCAGCAUAGACAACAUUAUUUUUACCUCGCUCUUUAGUGGACAUAUCAAGGACCACUUCACAGGGCUGACUCACUUGACCAACCCCGCCCACCCAACCACCCUCUACCCCUCCUUCCCGCGUCGCAAAGCAUGCUGGGUAAACUGACUCAUAUGCGUAGCGGCCCGCUAUGCUCCAUCCAUCCAUCCUCUUUCUUCUUCCACUCACUACACACACACACACACACACACACACAAAUAGACUUUACAAUCAGGUGGAUGCAACGUGUUCUAUUUCUGCAAUUUGCAAUUUGUGUAUGCAUAUUAUUGAAUUGUUCUGAUUUUAUUUUGGGGUUUUGUUCUGCAAAGAGUUGAGAGAGAGAAAAAAAAACGCUUGGGAUCUUCCAUCGGUGCUUUGAGUUUGAUGAAGAAAAGCUGCACAAUCAUGUAGAUAAACAACAUCCCCUCAACCCCUUGGAGAAGAUAUACUUUGCUUCAAUGUUUUGAGCUGUCAAUCUUUGUCAGUGUUGACGUCGUAGCGGGGGAAAACAUGGCGUCCGAAAACGCCGCCUGCCUCUUCCCAGGUGAACAGGGUCUGGAGUGUGAAGGUCCAGCUGGGAUCAAUCUCUCACGUGCUGUCUGGUUCUUCCCCCACCACCCUCUUCCACACAUCACUGACCCCCCCCCCACUCCUACGCCUUGGAACCUCUUAAACAGGGUACACGCAUACCGAUUUUUCACAUCUGAACUGAUUUUGAAAAUGUGCGAGACCCACACAUGAUGUGGAAAAAUUUGGCAAGUGUGUGCUCACUGUUUUUAUAGUGUGUGUUGUACUCCACAACAGCAACACAGGACACCUCACACAUAAGAAUAUCUCCACCGACAGUAGCGGUUCUCUAUGUCUGUUGUAGUACCAAGACUGACCUGUGAGAGGCAGUACGGUGCCACAGGGCAUCCCGAUAGAUGGAAGAUACGAAGGAGAUGAAAGAGUAGUAGAAAUGUGGCUUCCUAAUUGACUAUUGUUCUGUUUCACUUCACAAUCAUGGAGUCUGUGGAUCAUCUAACCUUGGCAUGAUCACACCCAUAAGAAUUUGCAGUCAUAAAUAUUGAACAGGUUUGACAUUUACGAUAGAAUCAGCGCCAAAUUGAACACCUUAAUAUACAGGGUGAUUGAAAAGUAACUCCCUAUUUUAAAAUACUUAUAAUUUAGUCAUAUGCUGUAAUAUUUUUCUCAAAUGUUUUGUGUAUGUUCCAUGAUUACUGGUUGUUCUAUCAAACCAAUGACUUUGGAAGAACUUGAAGGGUGAAUACUAGAAGUUAUGUCUUCCAUCCCACAAAGUUCUUUGUGAAAUCAGUUAAUGCGGUUCCCAGGCAGUUUGAGAAACCGGUGGCUAAUGCUGGCACCCAUAUCGAAUUUUAAAUAAAACUCCACGCAAUACACUUUCUUCUCAUAUUCAUUUCUUGUAAGAAUUAUAGUUCAGAAAUAAAUUACAAGUACUUAAAAUAGGGAGUUACUUUUCAAUCAUCUGGUAUAUUAACAUCCUGUGUAGCUGGAUUUUGCCUUUUCAUGCAUUAUUCACUUAAAAUGCGUUCAUAUAAAACAUACUGAAAAUAAUGGGGACCUAGGAAGGAGCUUUGGGGUACUCCCAGUUUUGGUGUAGAUAAAGGUGUGAAUCAAAUAAUAUUUUUAAAUUUCAACAUGUAUUGUUUGAAAUGUAAAACACAAUGAAAAUGUAAGGCGGGACGGUGGACGACUGGUUAGCACAUCUGCCUCACAGUUCUGAAGACCAGGGUUCAAAUCCCCGCCCCGUCUGUAUGGAGUUUGCAUGUUCUCCCCGUGCCUGUGUGGGUUUUCUCCGGGCAAUCCGGUAACCUCCCACAUCCCAAAAACACGCUUGGUAGGUUGAUUGGAAACUCUAAAUUGCCCUUAGGUGUGAAUGGUUGUUUGUUUCUAUGUGCCCUGCAGUUGGCUGGCGACCGGUUCAGGGUGUACCCCGCCUCUCGCCCGAAGAUAGCUGGGAUAGGCUCCAGCACGCCCCCGCGACACUUGUGAGGAUAAGCGGUGCAGACAAUGGAUGGAUGGAUAGAUGAAAAUGUAUCUGAUUUGUGGGAAUCCUCAUAAUAAUUCAACAUUUACGAUGGUCGGCAGAAGCAUCAAGGAUCAGGGAGAAAAAAAUCACUAACACACCACAGGAUAAUGGCUCAGGAUCUUUUUUUUUUUUUUUUUUUUUUUUUAAGAUAUCGGGCCCCUGCUUACUUUGAUUGAAAGGGGGGGGGGUGCUCAAAUUCAGGCAGAUUAUCUGUAUGUGGGUACCACACUUUAGUUGUCUUUGGAACAACGCAGCCAUUUUCAUUUACCAACUAUUUUUACAGGCCAGUGGAUCCUGGUCGCAUUUCAUCUGAAGAAUUAAGUAUUACCGCAUUGAGUAUUUAUCUUUUAUGAUUUAAAGAGAGAGAGCGAG